AUCGCUGUGACGUCUGUGACCAUGGAUACGCUUGCAUUCCUCGGCCUGCGCGCUCUCGAGGAGACCCGUCUUCAUCCGGGGCUCUCGGCGCUCCGUGCGAGUCGCCGUCAGUCAGUCAGUCAGUCUGUCUGUCUGUCUGUCUGUCUGUCUGUCUCUGUGGAGGGAGGAGGGGCUCUGCCGGCUGGCUCGAGUUGGUCGUAGCGUUGCCCAGUAUGGCCGAGGAUGCUGAAUGGGUGCUGGAGAGUUUGCUGGGUUUCCUGGGCGGCCCAGCGUGGACGGCGGCCGUGACGGAGUUCGUGGAGCAGAGAUGCUCAGGUGUGGGCAGAGCAAAUCACUGCAUGGGCUGAACCACACACACACAGGGGGGCAGUGAUGGGAGUCCUAAUACCUGGGAGCACAGAGAGAGGGCAGUGAUGGGAGUCCUAAUACCUAGGAGCACAGAGAGAGGGCAGUGAUGGGAGUCCUAAUACCUGGGAGCACAGAGAGGGCAGUGAUGGGAGUCCUAAUACCUGGGAGCAGAGAGAGGGCAGUGAUGGGAGUCCUAAUACCUGGGAGCAGAGAGAGGGCAGUGAUGGGAGUCCUAAUAACUGGGAGCAGAGAGAGAGGGCAGUGAUGGGAGUCCUAAUACCUGGGAGCACAGAGAGGGCAGUGAUGGGAGUCCUAAUACCUGGGAGCAGAGAGAGGGCAGUGAUGGGAGUCCUAAUACCUGGGAGCACAGAGAGAGGGCAGUGAUGGGAGUCCUAAUACCUGGGAGCAGAGAGAGAGGGCAGUGAUGGGAGUCCUAAUACCUGGGAGCAGAGAGAGGGCAGUGAUGGGAGUCCUAAUACCUGGGAGCAGAGAGAGGGCAGUGAUGGGAGUCCUAAUACCUGGGAGCAGAGAGAGGGCAGUGAUGGGAGUCCUAAUAACUGGGAGCAGAGAGAGGGCAGUGAUGGGAGUCCUAAUACCUGGGAGCAGAGAGAGGGCAGUGAUGGGAGUCCUAAUGGGAGCAGAGAGAGGGCAGUGAUGGGAGUCCUAAUAACUGGGAGCAGAGAGAGGGCAGUGAUGGGAGUCCUAAUAACUGGGAGCAGAGAGAGGGCAGUGAUGGGAGUCCUAAUACCUGGGAGCAGAGAGAGGGCAGUGAUGGGAGUCCUAAUACCUGGGAGCAGAGAGAGAGGGCAGUGAUGGGAGUCCUAAUACCUGGGAGCAGAGAGAGGGCAGUGAUGGGAGUCCUAAUCUGGGAGCAGAGAGAGAGGGCAGUGAUGGGAGUCCUAAUACCUGGGAGCAGAGAGAGGGCAGUGAUGGGAGUCCUAAUACCUGGGAGCAGAGAGAGGGCAGUGAUGGGAGUCCUAAUACCUGGGAGCAGAGAGAGAGGGCAGUGAUGGGAGUCCUAAUACCUGGGAGCAGAGAGAGAGGGCAGUGAUGGGAGUCCUAAUACCUGGGAGCAGAGAGAGAGGGCAGUGAUGGGAGUCCUAAUAACUGGGAGCAGAGAGAGGGCAGUGAUGGGAGUCCUAAUAACUGGGAGCAGAGAGAGGGCAGUGAUGGGAGUCUUAAUAACUGGGAGCAGAGAGAGGGCAGUGAUGGGAGUCCUAAUAACUGGGAGCAGAGAGAGGGCAGUGAUGGGGUCCUAAUAACUGGAGCAGAGAAGAAGGGCAGUGAUGGGGUCCAAAUAACAUGGAGCAGAGAAAAGGGCAGUGAUGGGGUCCAAAUAACUUGGAGCAGAGGGGAGGGCAGUGAUGGGGUCCUUAUAACUGGGAGCAGAGAGAGGGGUUCUAAUAACUGAGAGCAGAGCGGGGGCAGUGAUGAGGCUCUAGAAAACUGGAAGCAAAGGUAAGGACAGUGAUGGGGGUCCAGAAAACCUGGCAGAGGGGGGUUCAGAUAACUGGGAGCAGAGGGCAGUGAUGGGGUCCAGAUAAAUGGGUACAGGAGAGAGGGCAGUGAUUGGGGUCCAGGUAAAAGGGGGAUCUGUAGCUCUUCAGCUGCAGGGAUCAGAUUUCAAAACCCUCUGUCAGUCCAAGUGUGAAGAUUUCCCAUGAUGCUUAGCUACACAGUGCUUUCAUCAUGGGGCACGUUAUUAAUAUUGUUCAUAUGGCGUUUACUUAUUCCGCAGCAUUUUACAAAAACAUGAAGUACAUUUAACAACAAUAAAUGAGACAAUUAAAAAUUGUUAAACAAAAUAGGUUGAUGAAGACCUUACUCAAAUGAGUUUACAUUGCAGAGAUAAUCCAUAACAGCUGGAGUGCCAAACAUUAGUAAAUUGCUGUUUACUCAACAAGUUAAAAGGUUACAUGGUACAUUGUAGUUUUAAAACAACUAAUGUGUAGAAUUGUAUAUGUUUUGUUCAGCAGAGACAGGGAUUUCAUGGAUUUUAAAUUAUUUGCCCGUAUGUCAAACGUGAUUUAGAACGGUUUGUUUUGGUACACCUAUCGUACAGUGCUGCAGAACUAUAACUAAUUAUAAUUUUCACCCCCCAAUAUCUAGUGGAAAUGUUAAUGCCUGUUAUUGGUAAUUCUACAUUUGUGGAAUAUAGACCAUAUCGUGUAGAGAAACCAAUACAAAAAGAGCAGAGGACCCUAUUUGAGCCUAGAUUUAGCAUUAACAGCCAUUUUAUACAAAUUACUUAGAGGGAUACUCCAGGCACCCAGACCACUUCUGCCCAUUGGAGUGGUCUGGGUGCCAACUCCCACUACCCUUAACCCUGCAACUGUAAUUAUUGCAGUUUUCAUAAACUGCAAUAAUUACCUUGCAGGAUUAACUCGUCCUCUAGUGGCUGUCUAGUAGACAGCCACUAGAGGGCACUUCCUGCUUCAUAGCACAGGUUUUCUUUGCUAGAGCGUCACUAAGGACCUCCAGCGUCGCUCAAUUCCCCAUAGGAAAACAUUGAAAAGCAUUUUCAAUGCUUUCCUAUGGAGAGCUCUAAUGUGCAUGUGCAGCAUUGCCUCGCAUGCGCAUUAGGUCUCCUCAGCCGGCAGCGGGAUCACUCUCCCCGCCGGCUGACGUGAUGAAGGGGAGGAGCGGCGGCGACCUGAAACCACCGCUAAGGGACAUUGGUGGGGGUCUGAGGUGAGUCACUGGAGCGGUUUUCACCCCGUCAGCAACCGGGAAUGGUGGGAGAGAGAGGGGACCUGCAGUGCCAGGAAAACAGAUUGUUUUCCUGGCACUGGAGAGUCCCUUUAAUAUAGCUAGCUUGUAAUCUUACAAUGUAAAAGUUUUUGAUGGGAACUUGGGACAAGAUGGUCAGGGGUAAACUUGAAAUUAUAUCUUGUUAAAAAAAAAUAAAAAAAUAUUCAUUAACAUAUGAUAUUUUAGUUUGCUCAUUAAGAAUAUCAUUAUUUGCAGUUUUUGAUGACGAUGAAGAGAAUAAACUAUCAUUCACAGAGAUUCACCAUGAGUACAAAGAGCUGGUAAGUAUUAUUUCUUUUAACGUACAUCUAGUAAAUGUGUGUUCCUGGUUAAUCAUGGCAGCAUAUAACAUGGGUUAGCUCCUCCCCCAGCCAAUAUGACAGGAAUACCAAUUAAAUAAUUCAAUUAAUCCAUUAACCUUUAGGUAUAAGAGAUCCUAGAAUCCUUGGUUCCACAGUCUUUUUUUUUUUUUUUCUGUCCUCCUAGCCAGACAGGACAGCUUGUAUUCAAUACAAAAGGUUUUUAUUUUAUGCUCACCUGGCUAUUACUAUAGCCCUUUCCCCCAGAGGUCAGCCUCUCUCUGUAGGAAGACCAGGCACAAGUAGCUGGGGACCCCUGGGAGCUGAAGAAGUUAGUUACCCUCUGGCAAGUAAGGAAAUACUGGCAAUUAGCAAGCCCUGCAGGUAUGUGGUAUAUGUAUUUGGCGCCAUUCUUCCUCGUCAGGACCCGGACACCGACGCAUGCGCAUUGGAGGAAUUGCACAAGUAGCCCGAUUCCUGCUAGGAGAUAAUAUGGCGGUUAAGGUUGCUCGUGGCUAAUCGCGCACGCAUGAAUAAUUAAAGACGCUGUGCGCCAAAAAUAUUUAAAGGAGCAAUUUUGGUGUUUUGCCACAAAAUUAAAGUGGCAGUAUAGGAUUACACAUCUCUGAUGCUGGAAGUGCUCUCUGUGAUUCAAAUCUCAAUAUCUAUACAGGUACAAGGAUUUUUUUUGUUUUUGUUUUUUUUCAUCAAGUGAAUUCUCUCUGAAUUUCUAACAUUCCUCCAGAUUAAUUUAAAUUUAUUUUAGCCUGUUUUCCUUUUUAAUGAUGGAUCAUUCUCCAACUUCAGCAAAGUCUGCAGCAAUAAGCCAUAGGUGAGCAUCAUUCUGAUUUUUUUAACCCCUAUUAAGCUGCUAUAAUAAAAAGUGUACACUACAGGGUACAGUCUCUUGACUUCUGUAUUCACAGUCCUCAAGACCGGCCCAGCCCUAGAUCUCCUCAGAAUUGGUGGAAAUACAUACACCAGAUGAAAUGGCCAUUUCCCUGAGAGGGCAUCUUGUGCUAAUGCCUGCGGAUGAAAUCUCCUUGACAGGAAGCAUGGAAGAUGAGAAUUCUGAGCCGUGGCCAUUAGGUCCACUUGUGGAGAAGGGAUAAGCCGGCAGCCUGCGCUAGAUGUGGCUCAAGACCAUUGGAAAACUGCAGGCUCUUAGCACGGGUUUCGGAAUUGGAGUUCCAACAAUCUCCCCAAGCUUCUACCUCAGCCCAGGAUAUAGCCUCGUGGAUCAAACGGGCAGUAGCAGAAUCACACAGAGGCAAGCGUCCUAGAUGUGAAUAUCUCCAAGUAGAUCCUGAUUCAUUAGAGGAUGAAUUUGGACAAGAUUCAGGAUACUUGGAUUUAGAACAGAUGUUUUCUAGUGAAGAUAAAUAUUCCUGUCUGCUAGACUCCAAGGCUAUAGAACAUUUGAUUACUGUGGUAAGAAGAACGCUGGAAUUACCUGAUGAGGUCCUAGAAACCUCAGCCGUGGACUGACAUUUCGGGGAUCUCAAUAGAAAUAAACCUUCCUUUCCGGUGCAUAAAUCCAUUAAGGAUCUUUAUAAGCAAUGAGUGGAAUAAACCAGAAAAAAAGAUUUUCUUUUCAAAGCAGACUUCCUAUGCUAUACCCCAUCUGAGAAGAGGACUCCAGGCUGUGGACCUCUAAUCCUAAGGUGGAUGCCUCAUUUAUCAAAGUGGCUAAGCGCUCUAUCCUUCCUAUUGAUUGUAAUGCUUCCUUUAGGGACCCAAUGGAAAAAAGAAUAGUUGCAGACCACUGUGUUUUUUAGCAGCUAGUACAGGAUGUCCUCCUGCAGUUUUUAUUUCUGCCAUGUCCAGAGCCCUAAGAUUAUGGAUCCUGGACAUUAAAGAGGAUUUUGAUAAAAGUGUUAAAAGACAAUAUAUUGCAGAUUCAUUAAGGAAGGUCAGAUUAGCCAGCGAAUGGCUUUUAGAAGUGUCCACAGACAUGAUCAAAGUCAUGUAGAAGGUUCUCGGCAGCAGAGGUGUUAUUUGGCAAACCCCCUGAAGAAGCUAUCAAAAAGGUAUUGGACAUCAAGCAAGUAUUCCUUCCACAAGAUAGAAGACCAAGAAGACCGCCAGUAGAACGUCUCUCUUGUAGAGAACACCCUGCCUAUAGAGAGAGUAAGGCAGACAGACCUGGUCAAGAAUACUACAGACCAGCCACUUGGAGAAAUGGUCAAACCAGUUUCCUUUCGUUCUUAUAAACAAUUCUGAAGGUUACGACACCCAGACACCUUUGGUGGGAGCAAGACUUAUUCAUUUCCAAAGGGUCUGGGCAGAGAUCCUAGACAGAUGAGUAAGGUCAAUUAUUACAGAAGGCUAUUCUCUGGAAUUUAUGGACAUUCCCCGAUCAAGAUUUAUAAAAACAAGUUUACCCCUGAAUAGGGAUCGACCGAUUAUCGGUUUUACCGAUAUAAUCGGCCGAUAUUCGGUAUUUUCGGCAAUAUCGGUAUCGGCCAAUUCAGAUACCGAUAUUGCCGAUAAUACCUCCUAGGACCGCCAGGCUCAUUACAAGCCCGGCGGUCCUGGGGGGGCGGAGAUCAAGCGCUUACUCACCUCCCAGCAGCUCCCCAGUGCAACUCUCGCGAGACCCGCGGCCGUCAGAGCGUUGCCAUGGAUCACCAUGGCAACGCUCCGCGCGACACGCUGGCCGCGAGAGUUGCACUGGGGAGCUGGAGGAGCUGCUGGGAGGUGAGUAAGCGCUUGCUCCGCCCCCCCAGCUCAGCCAAUACCACUGGACCACCAGGAACUGUCAUAUCCCCCCUCCCUGGCCAGGUAACAAGCAGGGAGGGGGGACAAAAAAUAAUAAUUAAAUAUAUAUAUAAAAAAAUAAUUUAAUAAAAAAUUCCCCCUCACACAAUCCAUUAUAUACACAGACACUACACAAACACACUGUGUAUAUAAUGCAGUGUGUGUUUGUAUAGUGUGUGUUUGUAUACAAUGCACACAAAUACACUGCAUUAUAUACACACACUAUACAAACACACACAAACUGCAUUAUAUACACACACUAUACAAACACACACAAACUGCAUUAUAUACACACACUAUACAAACACACACAAACUGCAUUAUAUACACACACAAACUGCAUUAUAUACACACACUAUACAAACACACUGUGUAUAUAAUGCAGUGUGUGUUUGUGUAGUGUGUGUUUGUAUACAAUGCACACAAAUACACUGCAUUAUAUACACACACUAUACAAACACACACAAACUGCAUUAUAUACACACACUAUACAAACACACUGUGUAUAUAAUGCAGUGUGUGUUUGUGUAGUGUGUGUUUGUAUACAAUGCACACAAAUACACUGCAUUAUAUACACACACUAUACAAACACACACAAACUGCAUUAUAUACACACACUAUACAAACACACUGUGUAUAUAAUGCAGUGUGUUUGUGUAGUGUGUGUAUAUAAUGCAGUGUAUUUGUGUAGUGUGUGUAUAUAAUGCAGUGUAUUUGUGUAGUGUGUGUAUAUAAUGCAGUGUAUUUGUGUAGUGUGUGUAUAUAAUGCAGUGUAUUUGUGUAGUGUGUUUAUAUAAUUCAGUGUGUGUUUGUGCAGUGUGUAUAUAAUGCAGUGUGUGUGUUUGUGUAGUGUUUAUAUAAUGCAGUGUUUGUGUGUGUAGUGUGUGUAUAUAAUGCAGUGUGUUUGCAUAGUGUGUGUAUAUAAUGCAGUGUAUUUGCGUAGUGUGUUUAUAUAAUGCACACUAUACAAACACACUGCAUUAUAUACACACACUAUACAAACACACACUACAUUCACUAUACACACACUACACAAAUACACACACACACUCUGCAUUCAUUAUAUACACACACACUUUGCAUUUAGUAUAUACAGCAUUCACUUUACGCACACUACCCACACACUACACAAACACUCUGCUUUCAUUAUAUACACACUACACUAAUACACACUGCAUCCACUACACACACUAAACAAAUACACACUGCAUCCACUAAACAAACACACAUUGCAUCCUCCACACACACUACACAAACACACACUGCAUCCACAACCCACACACUACACAAACACACACUGCAUCCACUACACACACACACACUACACAAAGACACACACUGCAUCCACUACACACACACUACACAAAGACACACACUGCAUCCACUACACACACACACAGCUCCCCUGUCACACUGCAUCCACUACACGUGGCAUGUAUAUUUUGUGCAUUUACCUUUAGAAAUAGUUUUUAUUUUCCAAAAUGGUAAAUGUACAGAAUAUCGGCAAAUUAUAUCGGCUAUCGGCCUGAAAGUUCACAGAAUAUCGGUAUCGGUAUCGGCUCUAAAAAAUCAAUAUCGGUCGAUCCCUACCCCUGAAUCCUGUGAAAAGGAAGGCUUUGAUUCAGUACACAGGAGACCUUCUAUAGCAUCAGGUGAUUGUACCAGAACGACAAAAAGUUUGAGGUUUCUAUUCACCUCUCUUCCUGGUGAAGAAGCCAGAGUGAAAAUGGAGACUCAUUCUAGACCUUGACCAGCUCAAUGUACAUCUGAGGAUAAAGAAAUUCCGAAUGGAGUCUCUUUGCUCUAUUAUACUGGUGGUACAUCAAAGAGACUGGCUGAUAUCACUGGAUCUCAAAGAUGCAUACUUCCAUAUUCCGAUAGCGCUUCAUCACCAGAGAUUCCUCAGAUUUGAAUAGAUGAACAACAUUUCCCGUUUCAAGCAGUGCCAUUUGGGAUCAGCACAGCCCCAUGGACCUUCUCAAAGGUACUGGUAACUGUUAUUGCGUUACUUAGAAAGAAGGGAAUGUCAUAUUCCAUUAUCUCGACAAUACUCUGAUAGUCGCUCCAGAGUAUGAGAUACUACUGACACAUCGCGUAAUAGUGCUACAGACUCUAGAACGUUUUGACUGGUUGAUCAAGUAUCAGAAAAGUCAACUUCUUCCUUCCAGGUAAAUGGUCUUUUUAGGAGCCAACUUCAACACCAUAUCAGCAGUGGUUUCUCUGGCUCAUGACAGAAAAUUGAAUCUUCUCUCACGCAUCCAAGAAUUCCAAGCUAAGAUGUCGGCCACAGCAAGGAAGUUUGAGGAUCAUAGGCUCCCUUUCAUCCACAAUAGGCCUAGUCAGAUGGGCUCAGUGGAACCUCCGCUCUUUGCAGAAAUACUUUCCGAGCAGACAUCAGAUGAGGAAGACAUAAUAGCAACUCUCCAAACAAGUCUUUCAGCAACUGGUCCUGAAGGAGGGGUGGGGGGUGGGGGGGCUUCCACAAGUGGACCUAAUGGCCACGGCUCAGAAUUCUCAUCUUCCAUGCUUCAUGUCAAGGAGAUUUCAUCCGCAGGCAUUAGCACAAGAUGCCCUCUCAGCGAAAUGGCCAUUUCAUCUGGUGUAUGUAUUUCCACCAAUUCUGAGGAGAAUCUCCAAAGAACAGUGCAAGAUAAUAUCAUUCCAUUCUGGCCCUUAUGCCCAUGGUUUCCACUCUUAAAGAGCCUAAUGAUAGACAAUCCAUGGUAAUUUCCAGUGUCCAGGAAUCUUCUGUCUCAAGGACCUCUAGUUCAUCUAGAGCCCCACAAACUGUGUCUUCAUGCCUGGCUCUUGAAAGGAAAUCCUUAAGGGAACGGGGAUUUCCAGAGGAAGUGGUUUCCACCUUACUAUGCAUCAGAAAUACUUCUACUUCCUCCACAUAUUAAGAUAUCUAAAAUCUCCUUCCCUUUCCCAGGUAUUUGGGUUUUUUACAGGCGGGUUUGGAUAGAGGCCUAGGUCUGAACAGCCUUAAGGUUCAUUUUUCCGCUAUCUCUGCCAUUUCAGGCAUCAGAUGGGCAGAAAACCCCAUGGUGAUCUGCUUUAUGAAAGCAGUAAUCAGGAUUAGACCACUAAUACGGGCCUUUACAUGUCCCUGGGAUUUGCCUUUGGUUUUACAGGCCUUGAUGGAACAUCCAUACGAACUACUGGAAAUUUUUUUUUCAUGUUAUCCCUUACACAGAAGACUAUACUUCUUUUAGAAUUAGUAUCUGCUAGAAGGAUGGCAGACAUAAGAGGACUUUCAGUAUAAGAACCUUUUACCACAUUCUCUCAUGACAAGGUCAUUCUCUGUUCCAGACCAGAAUUUCUGCAUAAUGUAGUCUCUCCAUAUCUCCUAAACCAGGAGAUUGUUCUUCCAGUCUACUUUCAGAACCCAUCUAAUUCUGAGGAAGAAAGGUUUCACACGCUGUACCUCAAGAGGUGCCUUUUAGUCUAUAUCCAACUAACCAAGCCAUGGAGAAAGUCUCCACAAUUCUUUGUUAUUCCUUGGGGUUCCCGUAAAGGUGAAGUUGCCUCUGUGCCUACUCUCCGCUCCUGGAGAGUCUCUCUACUAUUUCAAGAGUGUAUAAGAUUCAAGGUAUUCCGGUUCCAAAAGGUAUAUGUGUGCACACUUUACCAGAUCUAUUGCCACUUCAUGGGCUGCAAAGUAUGGAGUUUCACCAGUGAGCAUCUGCAAAGCAACUAAUUGGUCUUCUCUGAAAAUACUUAUUCAUUAUCGACUGGAUGUUUCCUCAGAUCCUGAUAAGCAAUUUGGUCUUUCAGUCUUAAAUUCUUGUUAUUCUCAAAACAAACAAAGAUCAUGGGCAUGUAUUCCCUCCCUGUGCUGUUUACUGCUUGGGUAUCCCCCAUAUGUUAAAUGCUGACAUGAUUAGCCAGGAAUAAGAACAAUUUAUUCAUUCUUACCGUAAUUGUUCUUUUCCUGGCUAUUCAUGGCAGCAUUUGGGUUUCCCACCCUUAAAUUAAAUUGGAUUAGCUUGCUACUAGACUGGGGAACCAAGGAUUCUUGGAUCGCUUAUACCUAAAGGUUAAUGGAUUAAUUGAAUUCUUUAAUUGGUAUUCUUGUCCUAUUGGUUGGGGGAGGAGCUAACCCAUAUGUUAAAUACUGCAAUGAAUUCUAGCCAGGAAAAGAAAAUUACGGUAAGUAUGAAUAAACUUUCCUUAAUUGUACACUGAAUUUAAGUGAGCAGCAUAUAAGAGACUCUAUAUUGUAUUUGUUUCAUGGGCAAAUAUUUCUAUAAUGCAUUAUCACUCCUUUGCUGCAAAUUAUUUGUGUAGUCAUCAGACUAUCCCAGGUGUCCCAUGAAGAGUUUACUUGCUGUAUGUAUUCUAGGAUAUUAUACAAAAAGUAGAAGUGGUGUAGAAUGCAGUAACAUUCUACAGUGACAUACAUUUAAUUUUGAAAUGCUCAUGUUGAACUUUUAUUUUUAUUUGCCUCCUCUGAAUAAAUAACUUAAGUAAACAUUGCAACAGUGUUACAUGGGAAAUAUCUCCUUUUACCAGUAUUGCUUUCAAGAAAUUAGUUUUGUUACAGUAUUUUGAUUAUGAAACUUAUUAAGAAUUACAUGGAUUAACACAAUGUUUUCAUGUCUCUAAAGGUGGUUUUUUUUUUUUUUUUUUUCAUAAUGUUAAGAACUGCAAAUUUCCUCUUGUUUAAAAGUAAAGUGUCAAUUGUCCUUCAGGUGGAAAAGCUUCUCGAGUGUCAUCUGAAUGAAGUUGGCAUUAAUGAAGAUCAAUUUCAGCAAGCGUGUGCUUCUCCACUUACUCGAUCCCCAGAAGUCCAGGUUGCAUUCUUUUUGUUUAAGAAGGCAUACAUGAUUAUAUCUAUGUAAAUUGAUGUGAAAUUUUGUACCAGUUUAAUGAGGUUAAAGUGAUAGAUUUAUCACAAUUGAGAUGAUUAUCCGCUAAAAGAGAAUGCAGUGCAGUGUUACAUCUGCCUGAUAAUGCACACACAUAUUCUAGGUAGUUCAUUAAUAAAAUAAAUGUAAAAACACACAGAAAUCGAACUAAUCAUUUUUAAAAAAAUCUAUAAAUGUUCUAUGCUUUUUACGUAAUGAUUUAUAUAAAAAUGUCACACCGUGUUUGUUUUUUUGUUUUUUGUUUUUAAAGUGAAGGAUUUGUUGCAAAGGUGUAAACCACGGCUCAGUACUUGCUCUUAGCACAAAUCCAUGCCGACAAUCUUUUUAAGGAUAAAGCAGAUUAAGAGUCAUUUGACUCUACUAACCUUACGGGAAUUAACGUCUAUGGUUUGACGGUUAUGUAACGGUCUCAAGUACUUUAAUGGUUUAGUUCAAAUAAAAUUAUGUAAUGUAAAAAAAUUUCUAUUAUGUAUGUAUAGAUUUAAAAAAUAUUUGGGGUUGUGGUGACAUGGUUUUUAUUCUGUGGUAUUUGAAAAUGAAACUAAUGCUUUGUUAAUUGGAAUGCUUGCUUUUUAUGUAUAAUUGUAUGAAACUUUGCAAACUGCUACUCUUUUUUUGUAAUCACACCGAGACACUUUUAUUUUUCGUGGUUCAUACCUUAAAAACAGUAUUUUCAUCUAUAUCUGUAUGUCAUCAAUAUAGACAUAACUCCCAACAUUUCAGUGAGCGUGAUGGCAAUGUGUUUCUAGAAUAGCACUGAGCUCAUCCAGCUUAAUGACUAGAACAGCAGACGAUAUAAUAUGUAUAUAGCCUGCUAUAUGGAUUACAUUUUAAUUCUACUCCUAGCAAACAUCCAUUAAUCAUUAUAUGAAUGGCUUACUAUAACUGUGUUUUGUUUUUAUUGUUUUACUUCAUAGCUCUUUGAAAACAUACUCUUUAGUGUAGGUCAGCAUUGACUAAAUGUUAGAUCCCAAGCAAUUAUAUCUUCCAUGAUCUGUGUUUAAGAUGGGCAAAAAAAUGAUAGGAGCUAAAGAUGUGGAAUAGCCUGAGAUCUACGUUUUAGACACAACUGCUAGAAUUGGAAACACUCCAAAUAUAUUUUUGCAGGACAUACAUUAAUCAAAGAGCCAAUGUCUAUAGAGAAGGAACAUGUACGCAGACCUUGGCAUGCAAAAUAUCAAUAAUUUGUAUUUCUUAAUUUUUAGACUUUUUUACAGCCUGUAUAUGCUGUUGAAGAUUUUACAGUAUUUAAAGCUAUGAUGGUACAGAAAAACAUUGAACUACAAUUGCAAGCUAUUAAAAUUAUACAAGAGAGAAAUGGUAACAGCAAUUUUACUUUUCUGUAUUUACAUGCACGUUUACUUUUACAAUUAUUUACACACAUGGCUUUCAUUGUAAAAUUAGCUGGUUUUCUCAUUUACAUUUUUGUUCAGAAGAAGCAUUUUCCCCAUCAGAGUACAGUCUUGAUAUGAGUUUGUUUUGAGCAUUUGUUGAAAUGAAGAGCUGUGUCUUGCAUUAAAGGACCACUAUAGUGCCAGGAAAAAAAACUUGUUUUCCUGGCACUAUAGUGUUAAUAGGUGUGUCCCCCCUCCCGACAGGCUGAAGGGGGAGGAAGGGGUUAAAUUCUUACCUUUCUCCAGCACCGGUCUCCCUCGGCAAUGGGGACUCUCCUCCUCCUUUCGACGUCAUUGGCUGAAUGCGCAUGCGCGGCAACAGCCGCACGUGCAUUCAAUCAGUCCAUAGGAAAGCAUUUCUCAAUGCUUUCCUAUGGAUGCUGGCGUCAUCUCACAGUGAAAAUCACAGUGAGAAGCGCGGAAGCGCCGCUAGCGGCUGUCAAUGAGACAGCCACUAGAGGCUGGAUUAACCCACAUGUAAACAUAGCAGUUUCUCUGAAACUGCUAUCUUUACAGCAGGCAGGGUUAACCCUAGAUGGACAUGGCACCCAGACCACUUCAUUGAGCUGAAGUGGUCUGGGUGCCUAUAGUGGCCCUUUAAAUACUUAAUAGGCAAAUCCUGUAUAUUUUAAUUCUAUAAAAGCUGAAAAUUAAACUACAGCUCCCAUAACAUGUUGCUUUGCACAUAAAGCACUGCUUUAUCUUUGUUUUUGCACUAAGCUGUCACCAAACUAAGAACGGGCUGUCCCAAUCAUGCUUGCUUAACAUUCUACAGCACUGAAGAACUUAUCCCAAAUGUGCAGAGCAACAUUUUAUGGCUGUUGUAGUAUGAAGGUUUGAAUUUUUCUUAAUAUAUUUCUUAAUGCAUUGUCUACUACAUAAUAUCUUAAGCUAUUCAUUUUGUUGGGUUCCUCAAAAUUUGUAUUCUUUAAUGUGUAGGUGUGCUUCCUGACUGUUUGCAGGAUGGUGCAGAUGUCAUUUCUGAUCUAGAAGAACAGGAGAAUAAGCUAAUAACUGAAGCAUUAAGGUAAGAAUGGUUACAAUAUUAUUGUGACGAGCUUUUAUUCCUGCAAAGAUGUUCAGCUCAGAACUGAGCCUCUUAACCUCUUGCUGGUGGAAUCGUUGAGGAAAUAGCGUAAUGAAGGCACCCCUUAAGCAUGCAAUCACUAGUUACUUAGGACACUGGGCUAGGGUGGUGUUUAAGGGUUUGGAUGGUUGGUUUGUGUAUUUAGGUUAAUUUAGCCAUACACGUAAAUAUAAAUGGGGGGGGGGGGAGAGAGACGUUAAAUGGUUUGCUUUGACCCAGAUAUGUAGAAAUGUUUUAUUUCUGCUCAGGGGCAUAUGCCAUCAUAUAAAUGUCAGAAUUUGAGCAAAGUCAGGAUAAUGAUAUGGUGUCACUUUACUGCAGUGAAACUUAUGAAAAUGUCAAAGCGACAGUCAAAACAUUUCCACUGGUUGCUAGGCAAUCUUGCUCCUUAUAUAGCUGGGAGGUAUUUCUCUGGGUGUAUAAACGAGAAUAGAGAGGAGGACCAAUAGUGUAGUAUAUCUUGCUUUAUGGAGGACAUACAACACAACAUAAAAGUGCCCACUCACAUAUGAAGGAGCUUAUGUACCAGCUCCAGUGUAAAUGGCAUGCAGUGGUAUAAUUCCCAUUUAUGGAAAAAUAGCAUGGAAUUUUUGAAAUUUGUGGUUAAAUGAUGUCAUAGAUCAUGUAUAAUAUACUAAUCCUUUGAUUUGUGCUUCUCAGGAUAUCAAAGGAAGAAUAUGAGAAGGAACAGUUGCGUAGAGCUACAAAGGUGAGCAAAGUCUGUUUACUAAAAGCUUCAGCUUUUGAAAGUCAGUUUUUCAAAUUCAGUUUCUUUUGAAAAGUGAAAACACUACAUAUUUGAUUGGAUUUUGCAUGUUCUAAUCUGAUUCAUUUUUAUUCCAUCAAAACACUUUACAAGAGAGGUUUUAUUUAAAUCCAGUCCAUCUUCUUAAAUGAAGCGUAAGCAAUUAUAGGAGGGGGGGAGAAAACAAAAUAGGUUGUGUUUUUUUUUCUUUUAUUGUUAAUAUAGAACCUUAUGGAGGAAAAACUUUUUUUUUUUUGUAAAUAUGUGUUUAUUUUUGAAGUUUUGCUGUAGCAUAUACAAUCAAACAUGCAGUAGUGAGUCGGGAGACACGCAGGUCUCAUGUACAGUAACAUUUAGUUUAAUAUUUGACAUUUACACAGUAUUCCUUGAGACUUGUAGGCUUUAUUAUCCUCAUGUGUCUAUAAAUUCCGUAUCUCCUUUGUUUCUUUUCCCUUUUUCUCUCCUUCCCUCCCCGCUUCCCCUCCAUCCUAUAGUUCCCUUCCUCCCAUCCUUCCCUUCCCAUUCCUUUUCCUUCUCCUUUCCUCUCCUUUCCCUUCUUCCCUCCUCCUCCUCCCCCCUUUUUUCUCCCCCCCCCCUCUGUUUUGCAUUCCCUGGUAUCGUGGGAUGUUUCUUUUACCGUGGGGUUAGGGCUAUCACAUUGUGCUAUGGGAGUCCCUAUCACAUGGUUCGCUGUGUUCUAUCCGUGUAUUGGCGCAGUCGCCUGGCGUCGGUAGCCCCCUACCUUCUGGGCUUCUGUCUUUGUCUGAUAUCAUCCGAUUUUCCGGUGUGAGCGGGUUUACCAGAACCCUUUAGUUCUCCGUCUCGUGCGUUUUAUUCUUGUGUUGUGUGUUAUUCUGUGGCAUAUUUGUGUGCUGCUGUUGAUCUUUACAUUGUGUUGGGCUUGUCUUACGGUCCUGGGUCUCCCUUCCCUUGUUAAUGGAGGAAAAACUUGAGUAGGAUAUCCUAAAUGAUUCUUUGAAUUCUCUUGUUUUGUAAUGAUGUUUUUUUUUUUUUUGUGUGUUUUUUUUAAUUUCUUUUUGAUGGGCAGCCCAGGCCUUGAAGAACCCUGUGCAAAAGACAGAAGUAAGGCCUUUUUCUCCAUUCUAUUAAUACUUGACCAUCAAUAAUAAUUGUCAUCAUUUAAUUUAGAUAUAAAAGCCACUUUUAACAUAAAACAGUCAAUCUCUUAGAAAUACACAUAUUUUACAUGUGAGUGUCUGUGUGUAAUAUCAUUAUAUGAAAUGUGACAGUGGGUUUUUGUGGAUGUACAUGCUCAUCCUGUAUGUGCACUAAUUUAUGUAUGUCCAAAUACUUUCUAGUUGUUUUUUUGUAAAUUUAUUUUUUAUUGUAUGUGCUUGAGUGUGCACGCAUGCAAUUUAUUUUUUUCUUUUAUAGUGCAUAAGCGUAUAACAGUUGCUUGAGAGGUACCCCAAAGGCAAUCCUCUAGCACAUUAUGAACAGUAUAACAUGGAGGUACAGGGUAAAACAAGCACUUUUUUUUUUUUUUUUUUUAAUGUAAGAAUAUAAACAGUAGUGCUGUACUUUGUUUAGGUAUUGGUAUAACAGAGCAUAGAGUGACAUCACUUAACUUCCUAAACAAGAGGUUAUUUUGCUGCGUCAAGAGCUAAUCAGGCUAUAAGUAGGUGACCGCUGGGGUCUGACUCGAGCAAAAAUGACUCCACAUGAAAGUCCCGGUGUGUGGCAAGUUAAGCUUCAUGGGAUAUGCCAAUGUGACCGACAUCUGGGUGUUUGGUGUGUGUGGUGGCUAGGUGUGUGUCAGGCUAAGGUAAGGCAAAGGAUAGAGUCAGCAUUAACCCCUUCAGACCUCUGCGAGCGUGAGCGCUGUAUAGGCUUGUCAAAUAGAGCUUCACCCAUAGUGGUAAGGUAUGGCUCUAGUGAGGCUAUGCUGUGGAUAUGUCAGCCUAUACCCCUCAUUGGGAAGUCCCGGUCAUUGCCUUGGUGAGUCUCUCUUUCGGAGCCCCUCGACGUGGUGUCUCUGACGGGUUUCAGCUCUGGUGGUACCUUGGGGGGUGACAGGGCCUUGGUAGUCUGUUGCCAUUGCGUACCGUGGGGCUAGCUUGUCAGCUUUCCGCUUAGGUAGAGUCUUCCAGCGGGGACUGGGAUAUCCCCCACCGGUCCAUGAGGGGGGGUAGGUUGCACUUGUGGGCUCCGUCGCCGAGGAGAGCAGCAGUCUCCCCCCCGGCUCUAGCCCCAGCAGGCCGCGGCCAUAUCUCUGUGCUCCCGGCUCCAGCAGGCCCCGGGGUGGUGUCUAUCGGUUUGACGGUGCACCCCCGGCAUGGGUGGUGCACCAUUGAGGGUCGUUGUGCCAUAUAGCUGCAGCUUUUCCCCGUUUUUAUGGCCCGUCCUGCAGGAGCUCAUGGCAGACGCGACCGCACGGCUCGGCGUCCAGGCGCCGCACCUCCGCAUGCAAUCUUUUAUGAGCCCUAUGUAAAGUGCAGUUUCCAUGAUGUUAUCCAGUCUUAUGAACGGAGUAUUGCAAAAACUCACAACAUCUUUAGCCUUUUAAGGAUGGAGGCUAUUUUCCAAGUUCUGAACCAAAACAAAACCUAGAUCUCUGAACCCCAAAGUCUAUUGUGGGCAGUGUGGUGGAACCUUCUCUGUGUGUGCUUAUGAUCGCUGAAGUCAAACACCAUUGACGUCUGCUUGCAUUCAGGGCAUUAGCUUAGUGGAAAACUUUGCAAUCGUGAAAUUAGUUUAGGCACUUGUUCUUCCAUUGUAUUAUUAUUAUAUAUACUAAAGUUAAUGUGAACUGAAAAGGUCAUGAAAAUAUCACUCUCUUAUAAAAUAUUUUUGAAAUACGAAUAUUGACUGCACUGGAAUUUCAGUGACCGUAUGGAGUACUUGUGUAAUGGUUAGUGGCAAGAUUGACUAGAUUCCAUUGUUACAUUUUGUAUAAUUUUGAAAUGGGCUAAUUGCCUGACAUUAUGGCCCUUAGAGCCAAAUUAGAAAUGCAAAUUGAGUGAGAAUUGAAAACAAUUCUGCAAAACGUAGGCCAAAAUAGGGAGAGUUGUAGAAUUUCACCAAAUUUAGCAAGUUUGUUUUUAGCAUAGCUGAAAGAUGCACCAAUAUUAUACAGGGGGCAGUCUUUGGACUUUCAGGUGCAGCUCCCUGGAAGUUAGCACCAACACACCAGCUUGUUGAUAUGAGAGGCUGGAAGAGUAAUUGAUGGAAAUGUCUUCUAGGAGUAGCUACAAGUUCCACUUUAAAGCCUUGUUUUGUCAUUUUCCUGAAUUACGUAAACAAAGACUGCAGUAUGGUGCAAAUCUUUCUGAGCGUUUUAGGUCAGCUAACUGCUUUUAUAAGUAGAUAACCAAACUAGAAGUGCCCCAAUUCUGAGGUCUCUGAGCACUGGGGCUGCAGGUGCUUUGAAACCUACUAAUCAGAGCUUUCCCCUACUCUUUAACCAUUGCAGUACAUAGACAAGUCCCCCUGCAACACAUUUUGUUUAAAUUUUUGCUUGCAUCAAUAAAAGGAAAACAUAGUUUUGUGUCCCUUUUUAAACACUCAAACCUAUUGCAGUGGUACACAUUUUAAGUGUAAGGUAAUCUUGUUUAUCAUAUUUCACAGAAUACUGAUACUAGAUGCCCAGUUGAAGUUUCAAGCAGUUCAGUGGAAGUUUCAAAACCUGAAAUCCCUAUCAGUCGUACUGAAUCAAUAAACCAUACAGGUAAAUAUUUAUUUGUAAUUUAAAUACAAACUUGACAAAGCCUUUUGUAUUUUACAUAUAGAUGUAAUUUAUCUUUCGCCGUAUAUUUGUGUCCAGACUAUAGAAUUUUAUAUAUAUAUAUAUAUAUAUAUAUAUAUAUAUCUCUAUCUAUCCCUUCCUUUCCCCCCCUUCUCCCUCCAAGCAUUUAUGAUUUGAAACUCUAAAGUGUGUGUCCGUUCGUCUCUCCCCUCCAGCCCUCAAAAAAGGUUAUGGUGGGGAAAAAAUGUGAUUGAAACCCCCUUCCACCUGAAGUCUGUGGAUAGUUAAUACAAUGUUAAACAAAAAUCUGCACACCAGUCUAGCCAUAAGACUUGCUUUUCCCACAGAAAUCACAAAUCUGCAGUGAUGUUACUACCGCAAAGGAUUCUGGGUUGGCAUAUCACAUUUUUGCCUCAUUCCAUUUUUAACAUGGUUUCCUUUGAGUCUGUAUUUGCUGUAUACAACAGCUUGAAACACAAUAUAGGAAAAGAUGCAGAGAAAGUGAACCACUCAUGGACAGCUGUUUAAUUGGUAAUGCAAAUCAUCAGCAUGAGGCUGGUUACUGGUUUGCUUAUUGAGGCUUGGUAGUGCUUCCCAAGUUUUCCCAAGUUGUGUUUCAAAGCUGUUGUAUACAGCCAACAGAGACUCAAAGGAAUCCAUGUUUAAAAUGAAUUGAGGCAAAAAUGUGAUUCUUUGUUGAACUAAUUUGCAUAUGCCAACCCAAAAUCCUUUGCGGUAGUAACAUCACAGCAGAUUGCGCAAGUCUUGUGGCUUGACUGGUGUGCAGAUUUUUGUUUAACUGUGUGUGUGUGUGUGUGUGUGUGUGUGUGUAUAUAUAUAUAUAUAUAUAUAUAUAUAUAUAUAUAUAUAUAUAUAUAUAUAUAUAUAUUCCAGAGCACUCACUCUUUCUCUAAACUGCAACUUCAAAGCUCACAGAUUUUUAUUUUUAUUUUUUUUUAAACACCUAACUUAGGCAAAAAAAAAAUGGGGGUUUAGUUACAGUAUAUGAUCAUAUAUUGCAUAAGCCUGCCACAACGUCAAUGUAUCCCAUUGGCAGACUUAUGCAAUGCAUGAUUAUAUACUGUAACUAAACCUUAUUGGUUUUUCAUGUGUGUUGUUUUUCCUAAUAUACCGCAUUAGUUGGUGCCUUAUGAAUAAUAUGUACAAUUUAGGAGAAGCCAUCAGGACACACAAAGCCAAACAACCGCCUUUGGAGGUACAGAAACAUUCUAUGGAACUCCCUUCUAUUAAGUUAAAAGGAGUUAGUAACAAAGAAGCUGCAGAGGAAUGGUUAGCGCAAGCAAGAAAAGAGACUGGCAUACAAAGCUCUAAUACUGUAAGUACCUUUUAUAACAUAUACAGUUCUUUAAACACUUGUCUGUCUGCACAUCUGCAUGACCACCACAGCUGCUGAUUAGAAAUGGUGAAUUUUAACCCCUUAGUAACCGCGGGAAAAAAACCGUCCUUAGGGACCGCGGACGUACCUGAUACGUCCGCGGCUAAUGAGAGCGCGGGAAGCGAUAAUGAUAGCUUCCAGGCGCUCUAACGGUAUUGCAACGAUGCCUCGCUGUCAAGGCAUCUUGCAAUACCCCUCCUCACUGCCGGGCCUUCUGGGUUGCCCCACGUGGUGCCUAGCAGUGAGGCAGAGCAUCGGAAGCCAUCAGGGGUAUGUUCAGUAUUUUUUAGUGGCCACUUAGUCAGAAACACUGGCCAAAGUUAGCGUUCAUAAUUGUUUUUUUUACAUUUUUAACACACAAACAAAUAUAAAUGCUAACUUUGGCCAGUGUUUGUGACUAAAUGGCUACUAAACAAGACUGGACAUUCCCCAUAUUGAAUACCCUGGGUUGUCUAAUUUUCAAAAAUAUAUGGUUUGAGUGGGGUAAAUUACAUUGGCCGGCUUCAAAAAAAUUUCCCAAAUAGGACAUGGGUGCAUGAUGACCAUCUGUGAAAAUUCCAAGAUGGAAAACGCACCCUCCAAAUAAGGUCUUUUAGUCCCCAGAAAACCCGACACACCUAUACGUGGGUGGUAUCACUGUACUCAGGAGAUGUUGCUGAACUUGUCAGUAACCCUUAAACUUCUCUGUACAUGUAUUCUUCAAUUGCUAUGUGUGUCAAAAAAAUCACCAAUUAUUAUAAUUAUUUUGAAAUUUGGCAUAGAUUGGUGGUAAAAUGGCUGCAUGAAAAGAGUCAAACUACCCCAAGUUUAAUACCCUAGGUUGUCUUCUUUUAAAAAAUCUACACAUGUAAAGGGUUAUUCAGGGAUUCCUGACAGAUAGCAGUGUUACAAUGUAACUUGCGUUCAUUAAAAAAGGGUCUGGAAAUCGCAAAGUGCGUCCUGUACUUAUAGCCCUAUAACUUUCCAAAAAAAGCUAUGUACAAGUUUACAUUGGGUAUAUCUAAACUCAGGACAAAAUUUAGAAACUAUUUAGCACGGGUGUUUGUUGGCAGUUGUAGAUGCGUAACAGAGUUUUGGGGUCAAAGUUAGAAAAGGUGUUUUGUUUUUGUUUUUUUUUCUUCAUUUUUUCAUUAUAUUUUAUAAUUGGUUUUAUAGUAAAUUAUACAAUAUGCUGAAAAUAGUAUCUUUAGAAAGACCAUUUAAUGUGGAGAAAAAAGGUAUAUAAUAUGUGUGGGUUCAGUAAAUGAAUAAUGAGGAAAAUUACAACUAAACACAAACACAGAUGAAAUGAAAAACAGCCCUGGUCCUAAAAGGUAAGAAAAUUGAAAAGCAGUCUGGUCACUAAGGGGUUAAAGUGCACCUUUAAUGCAAAUCUGACAGUGUCCGUUUUUCUAAAGCCAUCUUGGUAACAACACUUCAGCUUUCUGAAGUGCUUUGUGUCUAGAGUCUCUUAUUUUAUGUUUAGAAAAGUGCAGAUUUUCAAAAAACAUUGGCGCUUUAUACUUGGAGACAGAAACACACCACUGGCUGUUGGAUGAUCAGGGAGGUUAUCUUCAUCUCCCAUUAACCAAAAGUUGUGGCUGUUUUGUAUGUUUUCGUUUGUUUACCUCUGUCUACUGUACUAUUAACUCCAAUAACCAUUAGGGAUCGACCGAUUAUCGGUUUUACCGAUAUAAUCGGCCGAUAUUCGGUAUUUUCGGCAAUAUCGGUAUCGGCCAAUUCAGAUACCGAUAUUGCCGAUAAUACCUCCUAGGACCGCCAGGCUCAUUACAAGCCCGGCGGUCCUGGGGGGCGGAGAGCAAGCGCUUACUCACCUCCCAGCAGCUCCUCCAGCUCCCCAGUGCAACUCUCGCGAGACCCGCGGCCGUCAGAGCGUUGCCAUGGAUCACCAUGGCAACGCUCCGCGCGACACGCUGGCCGCGAGAGUUACACUGGGGAGCUGGAGGAGCUGCUGGGAGGUGAGUAAGCGCUUGCUCUCCGCCCCCCCCCCCAGCUCAGCCAAUACCACUGGACCACCAGGAACUGUCAUAUCCCCCCUCCCUGGCCAGGUAACAAGCAGGGAGGGGGGACAAAAAAUAAUAAUUAAAUAUAUAUAUAUAAAAAUAAUUUAAUAAAAAAUUCCCCCUCACACACUCCAUUAUAUACACAGACACUACACAAACACACUGUGUAUAUAAUGCAGUGUGUGUUUGUAUAGUGUGUGUUUGUAUACAAUGCACACAAAUACACUGCAUUAUAUACACACUGCAUUAUAUACACACACACAAACUGCAUUAUAUACACACACACAAACUGCAUUAUAUACACACACUAUACAAACACACUGUGUAUAUAAUGCAGUGUGUGUUUGUGUAGUGUGUGUAUAUAAUGCAGUGUAUUUGUGUAGUGUGUGUAUAUAAUGCAGUGUAUUUGUGUAGUGUGUGUAUAUAAUGCAGUGUAUUUGUGUAGUGUGUGUAUAUAAUGCAGUGUAUUUGUGUAGUGUGUGUAUAUAAUGCAGUGUAUUUGUGUAGUGUGUGUAUAUAAUGCAGUGUAUUUGUGUAGUGUGUGUAUAUAAUGCAGUGUAUUUGUGUAGUGUGUGUAUAUAAUGCAGUGUAUUUGUGUAGUGUGUGUAUAUAAUGCAGUGUAUUUGUGUAGUGUGUGUAUAUAAUGCAGUGUAUUUGUGUAGUGUGUUUAUAUAAUUCAGUGUGUGUUUGUGCAGUGUGUGUUUGUGCAGUGUGUGUAUAUAAUGCAGUGUGUGUGUUUGUGUAGUGUUUAUAUAAUGCAGUGUUUGUGUGUGUAGUGUGUGUAUAUAAUGCAGUGUGUUUGCAUAGUGUGUGUAUAUAAUGCAGUGUGUUUGCAUAGUGUGUGUAUAUAAUGCAGUGUAUUUGCAUAGUGUGUUUAUAUAAUGCACACUACACAAACACACUGCAUUAUAUACACACACUAUACAAACACACACUACAUUCACUAUACACACACACUACACAAAUACACACACACACUCUGCAUUCAUUAUAUACACACACACUUUGCAUUUAGUAUAUACAGCAUUCACUUUACGCACACUACCCACACACUACACAAACACUCUGCUUUCAUUAUAUACACACUACACUAAUACACACUGCAUCCACUACACACACUAAACAAAUACACACUGCAUCCACUACACACACUAAACAAAUACACACUGCAUCCACUACACAAACACACAUUGCAUCCUCCACACACACUACACAAACACACACUGCAUCCACAACCCACACACUACACAAACACACACUGCAUCCACAACCCACACACUACACAAACACACACUGCAUCCACUACACACACACACACUACACAAAGACACACACUGCAUCCACUACACAAAGACACACACUGCAUCCACUACACACACACACAGCUCCCCUGUCACACUGCAUCCACUACACGUGGCAUGUAUAUUUUGUGCAUUUACCUUUAGAAAUAGUUUUUAUUUUCCAAAAUGGUAAAUGUACAGAAUAUCGGCAAAUUAUAUCGGCUAUCGGCCUGAAAGUUCACAGAAUAUCGGUAUCGGUAUCGGCUCUAAAAAAUCAAUAUCGGUCGAUCCCUAAUAACCAUUUCAUUUGAUAAGUGACCGUUCUAUUUUAGUCAUUUUAUGUCACUUUUGCAGUGUAUAGAAUGUCAAAUGUAGAUUUAAAAAAAAAAAAAAAAAAAAAAUACAACCUUUUGCACAUUUUUCUUUUCAAGCAUUUACCUGUUAAUCUGGUGAUUCAGUUGAUAUAUAUUUCUUUUUUUGCAACAAUUUAGUAGAUAUAACCCGAUGAAAACGUGCAUGGAUACAUUUCUGCAUGUUUGUAUCUAAAAAAAAAAAAACACUUGCACAAGGUGCAGACCUGUUGUCUGCAGCCUUUGCAAGCCCUCCCUUUUUCACCUUCUUAUUGAGAAGCCUCUAUGCUGGAGUGGUGAGCACAUGCAUGUGGCUUUCCAAUGAUUCUCAAUGUAAUACAGCUCAUUGAGAAAGGGGGAUCUCUGUGGAGGUAACAGAAAAGAGGGGAAAAAAAAUUGUUCAAAAGUGACGGUCUCUAAGCACAUAAGGCACUUGAGCAAGCUAAAAUGCUUUGUGCAUUGAGUAUCUGUUUAAGAUGAAAAAAACAAGUAGCAAGAGAAGUGAGAAUGGACAACCGCCUCAAUUAGCCUGCCCUUUGGUGGGUCCCCUCUCAGAUCUCAAGCUGAUUUUAGCUCAACUUGUGCCAUUACAGAGAGAACAUAUCUAAAGCAUAUCAGACUGGUCCCACCCUUACGGACAGUCCAGAUCCGAAAUGCCACAAGGUUCCCUCUGCACGAGAGAUACGGCAACCCCAGACGAUUGUUUCAACCUUGUGAGGUAUAGCCAACAUUCUAAAGUCCCUCCUUUACCACCCCACCCAUGAGCAGAGUGGGAGCUCGAAAACUCAACCCUGUGUACACUAGAAAGUCCUGCCCAGCCCACAUGCAAAGGCAGCAGGUGGGGGCUACUUCAGUAACGAGGGAAAAUCCCACUGUUUUCUGCCUUCCUCUCCCAAAUAAUAUUGAGAGGGAUUAAUAAAUCCCUUUAAAGUAACAAAACUGUUUAAAUUCACAAAUCUUAUUUCUUAAAUCUUUUCUUCAUUUCCAGAAAAGGCCAAAAAGAAGCAGUUAUAUCCUGAUGCUACUAUAAAAAUAAAUAAAUAAAUAAAGACUGGGGGAAAAAAAAGAUAUAAAAAAACAUGAUGCCAAAAAUAAAGAAAAUCCCUCCUCCUUCACCAUAAGAUUGUUGCAUGCAUAAUGAGCUUUUACAUAGUCACUAGGUUUUGGGUGAAGGAGGAGAGGGUUUGUCUGUUGCCAUACAUCCAUAUGGUGUAGAAUUUGGACAAAUCACGUUUCAUCCAUUAUCCAGUCUAAACAAGUGUAGUAAUAAUUAUUAGAAUAUAUGGAAUUCUUAGCACUUAUUGUUUUCAUGUUUGUAACCUGUUUGUUUGCAGAGCCUGUCACAGGGGGAAAAGGAACAGCUCCAAAAACGAGCUGAAUAUUUGAAACAGAAAAGAGACCAGUUACUAGGAAAAAAGCUGGAUUUGAAGAAAACCGUAAAUAGCUCUAAGGAAGAAGCAACAACCUCUACACGGGUAAGACAUAUGUAUAUAUUACAAUUAUUCAGAUAAUUUAAGCUCCUGCCCCACCUCCCCUCCAUUUGAAAUCUAAAGAGUGAGCUCAUCAUUGUUAAGGCUACCACUAUGUUACAGUAUCUCAAUAUCGGUGGGUCCUACACUAAUUUUAACAUGCCAACUGCAAUACGGUUUCCAGAGAUUGUUCUCAAUUUAUGCGUUCCUGUGGUCACCUUCAGUGGGGCAAUUCUAGUGGAUGGGUGGGGGUGUUAAGCCCAAAAUACACUCUUCUGUCCAGCCUCAAGAUGUAAAAUAUUAGUGCAAGCCCGUUGAAACCAUUUUCUCUUGCUUGUUAGUAAGGUUGUAUUUUAAUCCGAUCUUACAACACACUGUCAUGUCUCCACCUGCUAAUCACACACGUGAGGCUCCUGCAGGCUCUAGCAGAGAAAUAACAGGAGGAGCUAAAAGUUUCUAAAUUAAAUACACUAUGCAACAGGGCCGGACUGGGAAUGCAGAACAGCCCUGGAAAAAAAUGUAUGCCAGCCCUAUAAGCAGGGCCAGACUGGCCCACCGGGAUCUCUGGAAAUAUCCCUCCCGGUAGGCUGCAGAACAUGGGGUUGGGCAGGCUGCCCUAAUACCAUUUAAAUUUCCCUUCAGACUCUCAGUUAAGGAGGGAGGUGCUAGGGGCUGGUGUGGCCACAUUGAGGCUGCGACAGCCCUGCACUCAAACUCUGCCCUGCUCUUAAGCCUCAUGUGCUUGUCUGUGCCAGCAUGUGAGUAUGCUUAUUGGAUCAUUUUAAAUUUUUUUACCCCCGAAAGGAACAAUAUUUUGAAUUAUAAAAAGGAACAUACUAAUAAAAGUAUAUAUAUUUUUAUAUAUCCACUUCAGUGAUAAUGACCCCAAAUUGAGUAAUGUUGUGGCAGGCUUUUAUGCAAUGUAUGAUCAUAUACUGUAACUAAACCUCCAUUAUAUUUUUGCCUAGGUGAGGUGAUUUUAAAUAAAACUAUUACAUUCUAAAAAACUUCAUAUUGCUGUUUAGUGAAGUGUGUGUGUAUGUAUAUAGUGUGUGUGUGUGUGUGUGUGUGUGUGUGUGUGUGUGUGUAUAUAUAUAUAUAUAUAUAUAGUGUGUAUGUAUAUAUACAGUUGCAAGAAAAAGUAUGUGAACCCUUUGGAAUGAUAUGGAUUUCUGCACAAAUUGGUCAUAAAAUGUGAUCUGAUCAUCAUCUAAGUCACAACAAUAGACAAUCACAGUCUGUGUCACGGCAAGGGUGUAUAAUUUUUUAAUACGCUAUGGAAUAUCAUUUUUUAAUGUAAUUUGUGUAGUAAAUGGCACAAAUUACAGAGAUGCUAUUGCUGAGGUCAACAGGGGUUACAUCUUUUGAAGCUGGGACCCCCACAGAGGUCAGAUGACAGAAGGGGUAGUGUGAAUGGCAUAGCAAUGUGAAAAGGAUUUUACUAUAUGGAUGUGAAGUAAUCAAGGAUCUGCAAGGUGUGAGGUUCUACACUUGGAAAAGUCUGAAUGUCUCUUCAUCCAUUUGGCAUGUACCUUGUAAAGGAUAGUUCAAUCAUUCGAAAUGGUAAUGGGAUUCGUUUCAUGAAGAUCCUUGUGUUCCAGUAUCUUAUCCAAGUGAAACAUUCAUACUUACCCACAGGUUAAUAAUUAAGCCUAAUUUUUAUUAUAUUUGGAAUGGGACAAGCCCAAUCUUUUAAUUAAGCCCAAACAUGAGUUGCACAACUUAAACCGUGUGGCAGGACUUGUGAUGUCCAUCCUAUUGGAUCGUGGGCGGGGCAUGCAACAUGUCUUUGGAAUGGGAAAACAAUAACAAAUUCAUAGAGGCAAUUAUUAUUUCUGUGGCAAGUACAGUAGAGGAGAUAAAACCUGAAACAAAGGACUGGAUGAGGCGUGGCAAUUCACAGGGUAUAUCUCCUGUGAUCCUGAAGGGUGUUUGUGUACUUGCUUGGGGCCAAGAUCUAAUUUUGAGUGAGUCACCAUCUUUCCUUGCCAGAGACCCCCUGGACAGAAGUUGUACUUUCAAAACCUAAGUGAGUAAUUAGGACUUCUGUAUUUUAUCCUUUUUGUUUUUAUCUGUUGUUGGUGUAAAUAAUUUGUUUAUCAUAUAUUGUUAUAAGCACUGUGAUAAAUGUUUGCUCAUAAUAAACAUUCAUUUAUUAAGUUCUUCCUUUGUCUGGUUAAGAAUCACGUUACCUGAAGAGACUAGUUAGUAUUUUUGUAAUUCCUGGAAUAUUGUAUUAAGUAAUAUUUGGUGGGUUUUAUUGUUGAUUUACCUGGGGGACCAAGGCACCGCAUUUAUAAAUUGUCUUGGUGGUGGCAGCAUUAAAAUAGUAAUAGUUAUAUUAUUAUGUUUAAGUGUGGGUGGUGUUAAAGGGGGAUUUUGUCAUUAUUUCCGGUCUAGUGCAGACAAAUAGUGAACUUUAACCCGUUAACAACCACAACUACGUCACGCGCACUCUUGGAGUAGUGUGCGUUCGUGACAGUCUGCUUAAACUAAUAACACACAAAGAAUGAAAUGUUGCCUUGUUUUUAUUGAACACACCAUGUAAACAUUCUCAGUGAAUGUGGAAAAAGUAUGUGAAACCCUAGACUUAUCACAUCUCCAAGAGCUAAUUGGAGUGAGAUGUCAGCCAACUGGAGUCCAAUCAAUGAGAUGAGAUUGGAGGUGUUGGUUACAGAUGCCCUGCCCUAUAAAAAAAACACACACCAGUUCUGGGUUUGCUUUUUACAAGAAGCAUUGCCUGAUGUGAAUGAUGCCUUGCACAAAAGAGCUCUCAAAAGACCUACGAUUAAGAAUUGUUGACUUGCAUAAAGCUGAAAAGGGUUAUAAAAGUAUCUCCAAAAGCCUUGCUGUUAAUCAGUCCAUGGUAAGACAAAUUGUCUAUAAAUGGAGAAAGUUCAGCACUGCUGCUACUCUCCCUAGGAGUGGCCGUCCUGUAAAGAUGACUGCAAGAGCACAGCGCAGACUGCUCAAUGAGGUGAAGAAGAAUCCUAGAGUGUCAGCUAAAGACUUACAAAAGUCACUGGCAAAUGCUAACAUCCCUGUUAGCGAAUCUACAAUACGUAAAACACUAAACAAGAAUGGAUUUCAUGGGAGGAUCCCACAGAGGAAGCCACUGCUGUCCAAACAAAACAUUGCUGCACAUUUACAGUUUGCACAAGAGCACCUGGAUGUUCCACAGCAGUACUGGCAAAAUAUUCUGUGGACAGAUGAAACCAAAGUUGAGUUGUUUGGAAGAAACACACAACACUGUGUGGCAAAAAAAAGGCACAGCGCACCAACAUCAAAACCUCAUCCCAACUGGUGGGGGGGGCAUCAUGGUUUGGGGCUGCUUUGCUAUGUUAGGGCCUGGAUGGAUUGCUAUCAUCGAAGGAAAAAUGAAUUCCCAAGUUUAUCAAGACAUUUUGCAGGAGAACUUAAGGCCAUCUGUCUACCAGCUGAAGCUCAACAGAAGAUGGAUGUUGCAACAGGACAAUGACCCAAAGCAUAGAAGUAAAUCAACAACAGAAUGGCUUAAACAGAAGAAAAUACGCCUUCUGAAGUGGCCCAGUCAGAGUCCUGACCUCAACCCGAUUGAGAUGCUGUGGCAUGACCUCAAGAAAGCGAUUCACACCAGACAUCCCAAGAAUAUUGCUGAACUGAAACAGUUCUGUAAAGAGGAAUGGUCAAGAAUUACUCCUGACCAUUGUGCACGUCUGAUCUGCAACUACAGGAAACGUUUGGUUGAAGUUAUUGCUGCCAAAGGAGGUUCAACCAGUUAUUAAAUCCAAGGGUUCACAUACUUUUUCCACCUGCACUGUGAAUGUUUACAUGGUGUGUUUAUUAAAAACAUGCCAACAUUUCAUUCUUUGUAUGUUAUUAGUUUAAGCAGACUGUGAUUGUCUAUUGUUGUGACUUAGAUGAUGAUCAGAUCACAUUUUAUGAACAAUUUGUGCAGAAAUCCAUAUCGUUCCAAAGGGUUCACAUACUUUUUCUUGCAACUGUGUGUAUGUGUAUAUAUAUACACACAAUAUAAAAAAUAGUUGGUUGCACUCUCGGAAUUCAGUUCAUCUUGUGAUCCUGAUGAAAGUCCACAAGAUGGACUUCAAUGGAAUUCCGAGAGUGCAACCAUCUAUUUUUCUAUUUGGAUAUUUAAGCCCUGGCACUGCACCCGGUUAAAAAAAAUUUGGAGCCUGAGUGCAGGGUACAGUCUAUCUCUUUUUUUUUAAUUUUUUUUUUAUAUAAUAUUCUCUCAUACAGCAUUUUCCAUAGUGUUUGUAUAUACACUUUCACAAGCAAAUAAAAAGCAAGCUUUCUUGAGUUGCAUGAGUUACAUUUUUAAAUGAAUGCAUCUAGCUAAAUUGGUAGGCCACAUAUAUUUGUGGUAAAUAGGAGAGCCACAUUCAAUUCCUAACAUCUCCUUUACCUCCAAAGCUCAUUUGCCAAAUAAAUUGGUUAUAUUCUUACUGCUGCCUUACUAGAAUUAGAUCAAAUAAGAUAUUUUUUGUUUGAUUACGAUGUAAUUACAAUAUUUUAUUACAGGAACUAACUGAAGAUGAAAUAAAGAAUUUAGAGAAGAGGAAACGCCUUGCUGAGAAGCUUAAAGAAGAAGUUAUCAAUAAAUGAGUAGAUUAGGUUCCUUCAUGCCCCUUCUUUAACUUCAACUAUUUGCCAAAGUUCUUACUAUAUUUUUUUUGUAUGCUUUAAAACUUCGUUACUUGAUUUGUACAGUUAAAGAUAGAAGUAUAAAUUCAUUAUUGCUUGAGAAAAUAGACCAUAAAUUAAAUUAUACGAUG